UCAUCUUUAUGAUUACAAUGCUUUUAAUACUAAUUCCUCAAUAUAGAUGUUCGUAUCGAAGAAUUUGAAGGAAGAUUUGUACUUAAGGCAGAUUGAGAAGGUUAGACAAGUUUUAGAAAAGACUGAUAGUGAUGAUUCAAAAGAACUCCAAACCCUACUAGAAAGCAUAAAGAACAACUUUGAUUUGCUUAAAUUAAAACUUCCCUUUGCUGAUAUAGAAAUAGAAAUAAGAGAGUUUUUCACAUUAUAUGAUAAGAUAAAUAAAUGGGAUGCUGAUUCUCAAUUUGAUAAGCUAAAAUAAAAUGAUUCCAAACCUUGCAUCAGUGUUUGGAAGACUACUUAUGACCAAAUUUGAUCUUUUUACUAAUAAUAAUGUUAAAAGCGCUGACCAGAAGAAACAGAAAUCUUGCAAAAUCCUUAAAUUUGUAGAAGAUAUCCUUAAGCAGAAGUAUGACGAGGACCCGAAUUUAAAAGAAGCAUAUGAAAAAGAGGCUGAGAGUAAUAGGAUUUGUUGGGAUUUUGAGAGUCAUGAGUUCGAAAAGAAGUGGGAAGCGAAAAAUUUGGCAAAAGAGUCGCAGAGUAAAUCUAUUCAGGGGCAUGAGUUUGUGAGACAAGCUGAAUGGCUGAUGACUAAAGACGAAAGGUACAAAACCCACGGUCGCUCUCUCCAAGACUGCUUGUUCAAAGCCUUUGCUAAGUUUGCAGCCAUCGAAGGUGAAGUCUCCGAAGCAGACAAGCAAAGAAUCCAGGAUGAACUCAGAGCAGAGCUUGAAGCACAAAAUAUCGACUACGAAGCAACCAUCUCUCUAUAUCACGACCUCGAAGCAGACUUCGAAGAUGACUCAGAAGAAAUGAAGGAAGAGAAUAAAGAAGAAAACUGAGCCAAUCUUAACAAUAAAGUCGAAUUUGUUGAAAGAGAAGUUGACCUCGGCUUCUUCGAUAGAGAGUUCAUCAACGGCCUAGAUUCCACAAGAGGCGAAGAGUUCAAGUUCUGCGACCAGACGAUGAUCUACCAUGAAUUUAGCGACUCUGUAGAGAUGAGAGUUAAUGUUACUCAAUUCAAAGAGCUUAUUGGGAAGUCACAUGCAUGGAAAAUGCCAAAUGAGAUUAGGUCAUUGAGCAUCUUUAUGGUCAAAGAUGAAAAUAUCAGGAGACAAGGAGGAUACAUAGAAGAAGAAGAGAAUGUAGAUCAUCCUCAAGUAGAUGAAGAUGAUGCAGGAGAAGGAGAAGGUGAUAAAGAGCCAGCUAAAGACCAAAAUGAUGAAGAUGACAUAUCUUCGGUAGAUUCUGAUGAUCCAGAUGAUGUCAGGAAGAAAACGAGGAUAUUCUUAAAUAAAAAGGAUCAGGAAGAAGGUAAAAAGACUUUAUAUAUUUUAUAGAGGAAAAGAAAGCCAUAAUUGCUGAGCAGAAUCAGAACGCAAUAGCUGCAGCUGAAAGUCACAUUGAUAAAAUAGAUAUAGUUCCUUUCCUGAGAGUUUUACCCGAAUCUUUAGAUUCUCUAUCCUUCAGUUGCUUGAAAUAUGAAGAUGCAGUCAAUGCUAAUGAUGUUUAUAACCUAGGAGUCUUUCUAAGGGGAGUGAUAAUGAUAGGAGUAAAGUACCUGACUAUUAAAGAAAUUGACUUUGGAAAUCCAGAGAAUGUCAAGAUGAUUAGAGAUGUCUUUAAGGGGAAUCUUGAUUACUCCCUUCUGAAAUAUUUGUCAUUUUUGAAAUGCAAGAACAUAUGGGAGCUAGAUUCUGACUUGCUCUCUGACCUUAAUAAUCUAGAGAACUUAUCUUUUAGCCACUGUGGAUUGCAUGAUGAACAUCUUGAGCACCUUAAGAAGCUUCUUGAGCCCUUUAAACACAGAAUGCUCAACUCUCUAGAACUGAAUCAUAAUAAGAUCAAGAAUGCUGGCAGAGACAUUAUUGAAAGUUGGGUUAAAGGUGAUACAAAGAGUUUACAAAUCAUAAAGAUCAAUCAUUACAACAACAGCAUAAAAUCUAAGGGGCGCCUAGGCACUAUUGGGUUGAACACUAUUCAUAUGAAUAAAUAAAAAUAUCUGAAGUCCACUAAUUGUCUAAGUUUUGGUCU